AUGUACCCGGGCGAGGCGGGGGCCGGGUUCGCGGGCGGCCCGGGGCCCGGCCCCCCGCCCGCCGAGCAGACGGAGCCCGUCGACUUCAGCACGGCCAACGAGCCCGUCAACUUCAGCGCGGCUCGCCCCGGCCACCCUGCGGCCGCCGCCGCCGCUGCCGCCGCCGCCGCGGCCGCCGCUGCCGCUGCCGCGGGCUUCUCCGCCGCCCCCUACAGCCGGGAGUCGACGCCGGACUCCGGAGGCGCCGCGGGACCCCACUACCUCGACUCGUAUCGGGACGCCAACGGGUACACCCCAAUGAGCCCGCACCCCGGCUACGGCAUGCCCGCGGGCGUGCAGCCCGAGUACCCGGCCAAUAGCUACACGCCCUACCCGACGGGCGCGUACUCGUGCGGCGGCGGGCCGGGCGCGCGGGCGCCGCGGCCGGCGCGCGCGGCGUGCCAGCGGCUGCCCGCGGCUGAGGCCUGCCGUGCUUACCCGCGCGGGCCCCGGAGGCGUGCCUUGGGGUCCGGGUACCCCGGCGUACCCGUCUCGCGCCUCGGGCGCCCGGCUACUCCCCGGCGCGGCGGCGGAGGCGGACCCGGCGCGGCCGCCCUCGUGCUGUACAGCAUGCCGCCCCCCGCAGCACCCGCCCCCGCAGCUGCACAAGCCCCCCGCGGCAAGGACGACGGGUAA